UUGCGCUGGGCCUUGGAUCAUUUAGAAAGCUUCUCAGGCAAUCGUGCUCUCGCGUCUCCUCCCCUCUCCUCGCUCUCACGCGACUUGCCGUCGCUGCCUAUCUCUCAGAUUUCUCAGAAAUUUCUGUUGAGUGUUUGGUGCCCUUAUUGAAGGGGUGAGGAGGGGGGAGGAGGAAGAAGAAGGAGAUAGAAGAAGGAGGAAGAGAAGCGUUUGUCUUCGGGGACAGAUGACGGGGAAGGCGAAGCCGAAGAAGCACACGGCCAAAGAGAUUGCCAUGAAGAUAGAUAUGGCCACGACGAACCGCGGUGGAGGCAAGGCAGGCGUGAUCGACCGCAAGGCCUUGGACAAGGGCGGGCAUGCGAAGCUGGCGUGUCCAAUUUGUAAGGCGACGGCGCCAGACGUGAAGAGUAUGUCAAUCCACCAUGAAGCGAAGCAUCCGAAGCUGCCGUGGGAGGAGGACAAGCUCAUUAACCUGCAUGCGACGGCGUCGACCGCUGAGGACAAGCCCAAGCCCGGUGUGCGAGGCAGCUUGAAGAAAUGAGGAAAUCUCUUCCAAUUGCUACUUUGUGUGAGUGGAGUGUCUGUGUCGGGUGUGAUAGUGACUGUGGCGAUUUGACCUUGUAUAGGAUCCGAGACCGAAGAGGAUAGUGUAGGGAGUUACAGACGAGAGGAGAAUGAAAGCCAGGAAGCUGGUAACACUACUUACAUGCGUCCCGAUAUUGAAGCUGUGUUCUGGUUUGAGGUACUUCUAAGGGUCUAGUGUGAAAGAAUGCGAGGCCGGAGUUACGCCGCUUCCGUUAAAGUAAUAGGCCGCUGCACAGAGCGAGCCUCUGAUUCUUGCAUUCCGUGUGCCCUGGUAGGUGUUGUGGUUUUCUUAGGUUGCUGCCCUCGUCCAGCGCUUUGAACCUCAUCUCAAUGAAGUUGGCUCCUGUGCAAUUGAGUGGCACCGACAUGGAUAUGACUUGAGAAGUUGUGGCUGACCCUAGGAUCCCUUUAAGCGUGAACGCCUGCGCAAUAUGUGGUGAUGGAGGUUUCUUGUGUCUAUGUUCUCCCUUAAUGAAAAACCAUCCGAUGGUUCGGGAAGAACAUUUAUAUUUA